UGUUCAGUACCUCUGGCUGACCAGAGCUGUUAGUGCCUCUGCUUCUUUAGUCCCCACAUGCCGGGCCCAGCUAUCAUCGAGGCUGAGCAUGAUCUUGGAACCUUCCUGAAUUGUCCACCACUGAAAACAAACGUGGCAGGUGCUUCGAAUAGGGGGCGAUUCCCCUAAUCUUCAAGGGCGAUUUUUCCUAAAUUAAGCCCUUCAGAUGUGGAACUUGAUCUGUAUCGCCACGUGUUUGGACAGCACCUGGCCAGAGAAGUGAUCAUUAGUGCCAUACGACGGUUUACAGAAGACAGCACACCAAUGAAGCCACUUGUGCUCUCGUUCCACGGCUGGUCGGGCACCGGGAAAAGCUACGUCACCUCAUUGCUAAUGAGGAAUCUGUACCGGGAAGGAAUGAAGAGUUCCUACGUGCACCAGUUUAUACCUACGUUGCACUUUCCUCAUGCCUGCCAGAUCCACACCUAUAAGGAGCAAUUGAAAACUUGGAUCAGUGGCAAUCUGAGUGACUGCAGCAGAUCGGUGUUCAUAUUUGAUGAGAUGGAUAAAAUGCAUCCUGGUUUAAUCGAUGCCAUCAAGCCCUUCCUGGGUGACACACAUGUUAUGUUUGGCACGGAUUAUCGCAAGGCAAUGUUUAUUUUUAUAGGCAAUGCCGGAGGGGAGCUGAUCAAUCAGGUGGUGCUGGACUUUUGGAAGAAUGGCAAGGACCGGGAAGAGAUCCAGUUGGAAGACUUGGAAUCCAACAUCUCCAGAGCGGUUUUCAAUAACAGAAACAGUGGGUUCUGGAACGCUGACAUUAUAAACGAGAAGCUCGUCGAUUACUUUGUACCGUUCCUCCCCUUGAAGCGGAAUCACGUGAAGGAAUGUGUGCGGAGUGAGAUGCUGUCCAGGGAAAUCAAACUCCAGGCUGAGAUCAUCACUGACGUGGUGAAUUCCAUGAACUUCUUCCCGGAGGAUAAGAAGUUAUUUUCUCAGACGGGCUGCAAGACAGUCUCGGCCAGGUUGGACUUUAGCUUGUAGGACAGGCUGUCUAAGGAUUUGUAUCCUGUCAGCACCAUUGCUACGUGCCUGAUGGAAAGGGAAGAGCAGUAACGUGCUCGACUCAAUGAUUUGAUGAUUUACCCUUCACUUUUUGAUCAAUGUCCUGUUUUAGGGAUUUAAUUUUUCAGUUUCAAAUGAAGAUGACAUCAUUUACCGGAUUAAAUAUUUAAAAAAAUAUAUCGUUGUUUAAUUUGGAAAAAUGAAGAUCGGAUUACCCAGUGUCAUCAAGGAACUGGAGUGCAAUUUGCAGGCAAAAUGUUAUUCUGAAUCAGAGUUUGAGAAAUAGAUGAUGAACAAAAGGCCUACCCGGUGGUCUGUCUCCAACCUGUGUUCAUUUACAGUGCAGUCAGGCAAAGUUGCCUGUGUUAGCGGCAAACCUUGAUUAGCUGCAUUAACUUUGUAGGUUGUAGGAGCAGCAUUAGGCCAUUCAGCCCAUCAACCACAUCACCAUGGCUGAGCUCUCUUUUUCUCUCAGCCCCAUUCUCCUGCCUUUUCCCGUAACCCUUGACUCCCUUGAACAGGGUGACACAGUGACGUGGCUGGUAGAGUUGCUGCCUGACAGCGCCAGAGACCCAAGUUUGAUGCUGACCACGAGUGUGGAGUUUGCACGUUCUCUCUGUGACCACGUGGAUUCCCUCCGUGUUUUCUCCCGCAUCCCAAAGGCGUGCAGGUUUGUAGGUUAAUUGGCUUCGGUAAAUUGUAACAUGGAACUAGUGUGAUCGUGGACUCGAUGGGCCAAAGGUCCUGUUCCAUUCUGCUUCACUAAACUAAACUGAAGAAGGGUCUGAGCCACUGAGUUACUCCAGCUUUUUGUGUCUAUCUUUGGUUUAAACCAGCAUCUGCAGUUCCUUCCUAAUCAAAAUUGUAUUGCCCUUCAGGACGAGAGAUUGAAUAGAGAUCCAAGUAAAUAAUGAAUGAGAAAAUGUGUAACUGCUGUAAAUUAGAAACAUUUGGUCUUCCAAGAGAAUUUAAUUUAAGCAUUUGCAUGUCUAUUAGUAUAUCAGUGAGAUCAGCAGUCUGAAGAAGUGUCCCGGCCUGAAACGUCACCUAAACAUGUCCUCCAGAGAUGCUGCCUGACCCGCUGAGUUAAUGCAGCACUGUGUUCCAUGCACGAUUCCAGCCCCUGUAGUUCUGUGUAUCCACUUCUCGCUUGGGGAAAAUCUGAUCACUUGCUGGUUAGUAACUUGGAUUAGGAUUGGUGUCCUGUUUUGGUGACCCGGCUCAUUGUUCCAGAAGGCAUUUGGAACACGACUAACAAAGCUUGAUGCAAAUACAAGGUCAGUAAGUACCUGUCUGGCCCGGUAGCGCAGCGGUAGAGUUGCUACCUCACAGCGCCAAAGACCCGGGUUUGAUCCUGACUCUGGAUGCUGUCUGUAUGGAGUUCGUACGUUCUCUCCGUGACCGCAUGGGUUUUCCUCGAGUGGACCAGUUUCCUCCGACCCUCCAAAGGCGUACAAGUUUGUAGGUUAAUUGGCUUUGGUAAAAUUGUGAAUUGUCCCUAGUGUGUAGGAUAGUGUUAGUGGACGGGGAUCGCUGGUCGGCGUGGACUCGGUGGGCCAAAGGGCCUUUUUCCAUGCUGUGUAUCUAAAGUCUAAAGUAAGCAUCUGCAGAAGCAGCAGCUAGUUGUGCUUGGCCAGACUCCCUAUCUUUCAGUAGGAGAGACUGUGAAUAUAGCAGACCUUGGGGAGGCAGGGAGAAGCUUGGAUGCAGUGACCUCUCCUGUCACUUAUUCUGUCCAGACUGCUCAAUGGACAGAGGGCUGGCUUUCAAAAUUGUGGGUGUCCCAGGAAAGGAAGAGACCCACUAUACAGUGGUCAGAGUCGCCAUUUCUCAAGUUGCCCGAGGAGAAGCAUAUUCUCCUGACGGGCUGUUAGGAAAGGCAGUGUUUGAUUUGAUGUUGCUAAAAUUUCGUAUCUGGCUUCCAGGUUAUUGAGCACAGAAAAAUCCACAGGCUGAAGGGAGACUGAGUUGAGUGUUGAAAUAGUUGAAGCAUUUUGAGCAGGUGUGGUGUACUUCAUGAUCAGUGUGCAAACUGAAAGUAGAUAAAGGCGAUCUAUCCUGUACAUGCAGGAACUCUGAUCUCUCUCGAUGGAUGUCAGAUCUUUGGCUUCCCAGUUUCUUCUGACCAUUGACGACAAACUAUUUCCAUGUGGGAUACAGUGGAGAGAUUUGGCUUCACGGAACGGACUGGAAACUGGCGAGAUCAAUGGAAGAGCAUGUGUGGGAAGGAUUGCAGUGUUUUUUGGGAGUUGUUUUGCAGACAGCGGCGUUGUGUGGACUGGUCCUUCAGAGCAAGCGGCUGUGCAGUAAAUUGCUGUUUUGUUUGCUCCUCCAUUAAGUGAGUAAACGUGGGCGAUCCAGUUGCCUCUGGCCUCUCCGUAACCGGUCAAAAUUCACCCACUCUCGUGGUUUAUCUCCUCUUCUCCCCCCUACCCCCACCGGAAAAACAAGUCCUGAUUAUCAGUCCUGUUAGGCAGACUUUCUAUUCCAAAGUGCAAAUUAAAACAUUUUGCCACCCAAUGUCGGACCAACUUUGCAGUUCAUGUUAGCACUUUAAGGUGUUCAAUUGAAAAAUGUAGCUAUGUUGAAAAUGUUUUUGGGUAGGCUCCUUAUUUCUGGUCCACGGCACCCACCGUGACCUGUGGCCCAUGCCGUGACCUCUGGCCCAUGGCACUCACCGUGACCCUUGGUUGAGGGGGUUCUCCUUCCCUGCCCCUGAGUGUCUGUGAGACGUCCAGCAUUAAUGACCAGUGGCGCGGGUUGUGUAAUAAUCUCAACGCAAGUAAUCCACUAUUGAUGCCUGCAUUUCUCAAAUCCAAAUCGGGACCGCUGCUUUUCAGUAAAUCGGCAAUUUCUGUGACACAAUGGUUUACACCCCUAAUUUGAAUGCAUAUUCAUGCCGAUGCUUUGCAUAUUUACUGAUUUGUGAAAUUGUUCUGUUUAAUAUUUUCCAGUAUUAAAUUAUUUUUAUUUUGAACGGGACUCUGCCAGCAGGAGAAAUCAUCUCCUCACUGUGUAUUCAAUGUUUAUAACAUUUAUACAUGAUUUUUAAAUUGUCAAUGUGCAAUACUAUUUAUAAAAAUGUUCACAAGG